GCGAGUUGAGUUCCAGCCUCAGAUUAUAGUGUUGUUCGCAGCGGUGGCUGUUACAUGGGUUUUUCGACAUCAAGGUGUUAAGGUCUUUAAGAAAAUUAUCACAUGCUGUUACUGUCCACUCGUCUGUGAGCAGAGCGUGUUAUCUGUGGAUGUUAGUAUGAAUGGUAAGGUCGGGAAUGGAGCAGCGGGCGGUGUGCUGGCCUGUAUCGAGGGUCUUCCGCCACUGCCCAAGAGCCUGAGCGGACUGCUCAACUCCAGCGGCGGCUCGUGGAGAGAGAUGGAGAGGAUGUACGUGAAGAAGACCAUGAUUCAGGACGACUUGAGCCGAGGAAGGAAUAACACGGACAGUCUGCUGUCCAAUAAACCAGCAAACCUGGAUGCCGCCCUUGCUUUGCUCAGAAAAGAGAUGGUUGGUCUGCGGCAGCAGGACAUGUCCCUGCUCUGUCAGCUCUGGUCCCUUCACGAAUCCAUCCAGGAGUACAAGGGCAGCUGCCAGGACCUCUCCGCUGUGUCCAGUGCGGAUGGACCCUACGGGAUGGAGAACGGUUAUUUCGACGAAGAUGAGGAAUAUUAUACUGAAUCCGGUAUGACGCCAGCCGAGACGCCUGAUGGAAAUGACACAUCUCCUAAAAACGGGACAUCCAAAGACGGCUGGAUACAUGACUCGUUCCAUAUCACAAUCUAAAACACUUGACUUUUAUUCUGUGAUAAAUACAAGCUGUGCCAUUAUUUAGUUUGCUGCUUCUUGUUUAGUUUUACAGCAGACUCUUUCUACAGGACAUAUAACUGAGAAUUAUUAUUUAUUGUAAAAUAUUCUAUACAGUAUUUUUCUUCUGAUUUAAUCAACAUUGGAAAUUUUAUAGGAUCUUUUUAAUAAGGGGAGAAGCAUAUCAUUUCAUAAUAAGGUUUACAGUAAAUCAUGUUAAACUUGUUGAUGGAUUUCUAGAAAUUUGUUUUGAAGCUUCACCCCUCUGAAUUCUGAAAAGUCUUAUUUCUUGUUGAGCAGUCGCUCGCUGGGUGCUUGCAGGAGACCGGGAUUUGUUUUUUAUUGAAAAUAUGAAUUCUGAAUAUGCUGGAAAUGCUAUGUAUUCUUUGCUGAAAUGUAAUCCAGGGUCUAACCAGCACAAAGAUCUUGUGACCGCAUCACCAAAACAAAACGCAAUGUCCCAGUUUGCUCUCUGCGUUAUGUAUUGUGUAACUCCUUAGGAACAUAUAGUAAAUAGAUAACCAGCUCCAGAACAUUUCAAUAGUAUUUCCUUCUCAUCUUGUAUAAACCUAUUGUAGAUGGUGUAUUGUAGAUGUUUUAUUUAUUUACUCCUAAUUGCUGCUUGGAUUCAGUCUUCCGUUGUGCUUGAAC